CAGCGCCGCCGCUCUCCCUCCUUCAAAAUGGCUGAUCGAAGUGUCAAGAGAGAUUCGACGGAUGGCAGCUCGCCCGCACAAGCUGCUGGCAAGAGAAUACGUCGACCCCCACCACAGACUACUUUGGUGACCCGGCGUACUUCCAGUCGGCGGUCGACUGUAUCUCGCCGCACCGUAGCUUCCCCUCGUAAACAUGUGCGCAAGUCUUCCAAGGCAGACGAUGACAUGUCAGAGGAUGAUUCUGACACUGACCCUGCUUGGAUGCCAGAUGCAACGAAGCCCGCUGAAGAAACUGAGAAGAAAGUCACAAAGAAAGGACAGAGGGCCAAGAAGAAGGUUCCUCCUGUCGCCCUGCAGAGUUGCUCAACAUCCGUUGAUCAAGAGGAACCUCCCCUGAAGAAGGACUACACAAGACGACGAAAAACGUGCGAUCCUGUCGAGGUGAAAGUGGAAGGAAGCUUCAAGACUGGAGAUUACAUAAUGGCAGUGGAAGAUCGCAACAAAGCUCGACCUCCCAUUUGGCGCAUUGAGGGUCGAUCUUUGCUGCAGCGCUUUGAACCCAUGCUGGCUGAUGGACUUGUUCUGCAUCGUAAUAUCUCAUCUUUUUCAGCGUGGAAUUCAUUGGAGCAGUCAAAGUACACAAACAUCACAGUUCGGAUCCAUUCCAACAGUAGGUCUGCCACUGUGGUGCAGGUUCUGGACAACCCGGAAGAUACCAAAAAUGGGAAAAGAAAAAUUGACAACCUGUUGGACAAGUACCAGGUGUACCUUCAGACAUUGCUAAGCCACGUCCUCGACCCAAAUUUUCUUGCGGAGGUUCACAGGGAAAAUGAUGAGUACUUCCUGAGCAACCUGCAGGCGAUCGACAGUGAGAACGAUCACUGGCGUAACAGUUUACGAGGCACACACAGGUGGAGUCCGGACCUGUUUGAGGCAGUCACAUCUUUCCCGCGUGUCAACCUGACAGAACAUAAUGCAGACACUGCCUGUCAGAGUUGCCAGGACAACGGUGUGAGCUUCGAGUGUAGCUUCUCUGGCUGCCAUUAUGGACGAGUGGAUCUAUGUGUGGUGGAAGAAGAACCUCAAGAAGAGCGAAAGCAGUUGUGCUCUUUGUGCGUUGAACCACUGCAGUGCUACAGUCGCCUCUACCACUACAAGUUGCACACCUUCCACAAGUGUAAAGAGAAGGUAGAGGGAAUUGAAAAGGAAGGCAAACUAAGAGAGUCUCACAUUAUCCUGGAGCACUGCCUUCAAGACGAUGAAUGGGUUAACCAGAUGCUAUUGGAUCUGGAAAACCUAUGGCAGUCGUGCAGCUGACUGAUAUGUGUAAACAACAGAUAUGUGUAAAUAAUGUUCCUCGUGCUGCUGUCGAACAAAUAUCUGCCAAAUGAACCAGUAGCGGGUAUUGUGCAACAACUGUAUUCAUUGUUGUCGAGAAUAAUAUAAAAUAAAAAAAACUGCGUUA